GGAAAAAAUGGGAUAAAUCAUACACCAUUUGUGACAUUUUAAUAGCGGAGAUUGAUCUUUAGUGAAUGUAAAAACAUGGGUUCGAAAUUGUGGGCGACAAGGCUCGCUUCGUACCUUAAAAUCUCCGCUCAAAAUAGAGGCUUUGCGACUGUGAAGGAUGAUCUAAAGUAUGGCUCAUCUCAUGAAUGGGUGAAAGUUGAAGGUAAUUGUGUUACUCUAGGCAUUAGUGAUCAUGCCCUACACCACUUGGGCAAUGUCAUAUUUGUCCAACUACCUGAUGAGGGAGCUCAACUAAAACAGGGAACAAGUUUUGCUACUGUUGAAAGCAUGAAAUCGACGAGCGAUGUCAACUCCCCCAUCUCGGGUAGAGUGGUUGAGGUCAACACACAGCUCACCGGCUCUCCUGGAUUGAUGAACGCGAGCCCUUAUGAGAAGGGAUGGAUCGUCAAGGUGGAGAUGGCCAACGAUGAAGAAGUGAAAAGCUUGAUGGACCCUGAACACUACUCCAAGUUCUGUGAAGAAGAAGAAGAUGCUAACCAUUGAUAGAAUUUGGGGUCAAAGGAAGAUCUUCUACAGCCAUUGAUGGCUGCAAAUUAGGGUAAAAAAUCACGCUGAUAUGAAAGUGAAGAAUGCGUUGCCUUAGCUAUCUAUUUUCUCAUUUGAUUGAAAAGAAAAAUCAACCACAAAAGCUACCUACAAACACCAAUGUUUAGGGUUUAGGUAUUUUAUUUUCUAAUCAUUGCUAAGAUAAGUUAAACAUAUUCAAUCAUUUUGGUAGCUAUGGUUUUCUGUGUAAUAAUGUACAAACUGAUCGAUUCUAGUUACAUCACAAGAUGAAGGACA